UCACGUACUAACACUACGUACACUUAUCACCACCGACGAUGAUUACCGGUCUUUGGUCCCAAGAAGAACACUCCAAGUUCCUCGUCGCCAUCAAGAUCUACCCGCACGGUCCGUGGCGCAAGGUCGCGGCGUAUGUCGGCACACGCUCCAUCCGCCAAGUGCAGACCCACGCCCAGAAGUACCACGAGAAAGUGGUGCGUCGUAUGCGUGGUCUGCGCAAAGGACGUCGGUCCUCUGGUCGUAAAGAACACCGUAUUGACGACGACUUGCUCGCUGCAUGCAAAGUCGGCGAGGGCUUCGGUGUUGUCCUACCCAACCGCAUUACAGUGGAACAGCCAACAACUCCCACUUUCGAGCUGAUGGUCCCGCUCUUGUUGGAUUCGAUGCAUGGAUCCACGAGUCCUGGUGGCGUCGACUCCAACGGUAUUUCCGACACCGCUAUCGACACGAAGGACUCGGUAACCCAAUACCAACUCCCGACGAUUGACGAGUCACUCGAUUUCUUGAUUGAGCGAUUGACUAGUGCGGUGAACGAGACUGUCAAUAUCCAGCUCUGAGAAAUCCUGGUGUUGCUUUGGCCUGUUGAUUAUUUGUGUUAAAAAAUAAAAGUGAAAUACUACCGGUAUU